AUGAAAUCAAGAAAAGGGAGGAGGCCUUCAAUGGCCUCUCUCAUUGUGUCUCAUAUUGUAGUAAUAGUUUCUUUAAGCUAUCCUUUACCAAUAACUGCAGAAUUGAAACCAUAUGAGCCAUUUAACCAUCCCACCCACGCCACGCCACCACCGCCACCUCCAAAGUCUCCUUCUCCUCCUCCAUCAUCCAACCUCUUCAGUUUACCAUUACCGCCUAUUUUUCCAGGACCUCCUAAGUCGCCUUCCCCUCCUAAGUCACCCUCACCUCCCUCUCCCCCACCACCUAAGGGAAAGGAAAAGAAAAAGUCGCCGUCACCUCCCAAGAAAAAGGGAAAGAAAAAGAAAAAGGGAAAGGAAAAAUCGCCACCGCCUCCCAAUGAAGAGGAAAAAGAAAAUUCACCCCCACCUCCUGAGGAAAAAGAAAAGUCACCCCCACCUCCUGAGGAAAAGGGAAAGUCGUCCCCACCUCCUAAGGGAAAGGAAAAGUCACCCCCACCUCCCAAGACAGGGCCCGAUCUUCCAAUUAAAAUACCUAAUCCACCAAUUCCAUUACCUACACUACCUGGACUACCUACAGUACCAUCGCCUCCACAGUCUCCUCCACCAACACCGUCAUUGUCUAUCAAAGGAAUUAUUUUUCCACCCAAAGCACCAAUUUUACCACCUCCUGUGCCAGGGCUAGCACCAGGACUACCUCCCCUUCCAUUACCUGAUCCAAUACCUAAACCACCACCAGGUGUUUUACCACCUCCUGUGCCAGGGCUACCACUAGGGUUACCUCCGCUUCCAUUACCUGAUCCAAUACCUAAACCACCGCCAGUCAUUCAUGGAAAGUCACCACCAUCUCCUCCAAAGUCUCCUCCGCCAACACCACCAUUGUCUAUCCACAUUCCCAUUUUGCCGCACGUACCACCAAUUUUACCACCUCCUGUGCCAGGGCUAGCACUAGGGCUACCUCCCCUUCCAUUACCUGAUCCAAUACCUAAACCACCACGAGGUUCUUUACCACCUCCUAUGCCAGGACUAGCACCAGGGCUACCUCCCCUUCCAUUACCUGAUAUAAAACCUAAACCACCCUCAUCAUCUCCACCUCCAGAGUCUCCUCCACCAGCAUCAUCAUUAUCCAUCCAAGGUGCUAUUUUGCCACACAUACCACCAGUUUUACCACCUCCUGUGCCAGGGCUAGCACCAGGGCUACCUCCCCUUCCAUUACCUGAUCCAAUACCUAAACCACCACCAGGUGCUUUACCACCUCCUGUUCCAGGGCUAGCACCAGGGCUACCUCCCCUUCCAUUACCUGAUUUAAAACCUAAACCACCACCAUCAUCGCCACCUCCAAAGUCUACUCCAGCAGCAUCACCAUUGUCCAUCAACGGUCCUAUUUUUCCACACGUACCACCAAUUUUACCACCUCCCAUGCCAGGGCUAGCACCAGGGCUACCUCCCCUUCCUUUACCUGAUCCAAUACCUAAACCACCACCAGGUGCUUUACCACCUCCUGUACCAGGGCUAGCGCCAGGGCUACCUCCCCUUCCUUUACCUGAUCUAAAACCUAAACCACCACCAUCAUCGCCACCUCCAGAAUCUUCUCCACCAACACCACCAUUAUCUAUCCACGGUCCCAUUUUACCACACAUACCACCAAUUUUACCACCUCCUGUGCCAGGGCUAGCACCAGGGCUACCUCCCCUUCCAUUACCUGAUCCAAUACCUAAACCACCACCAGGUUCUUUACCACCUCCUGUGCCAGGGCUAGCACCAGGGCUACCUCCCCUGCCAUUACCUGAUCUAAAACCUAAACCACCACCAUCAUCGCCACCUUCAGAUUCUCCUCCACUAACACCACCAUUGUCUAUCCAUGGUCCCAUUUUGCCACACGUACCACCGAUUUUACCACCUCCUGUGCCAGGGCUAGCACCAGGGCUACCUCCCCUUCCGUUACCUGAUCCAAUACCUAAACCACCACCAGGUGCUUUACCACCUCAUGUUCCAGGGGCAGCACCAGGGCUACCUCCCCUUCCGUUACCUGAUCCAAUACCUAAACCACCACCAGGUGGUUCACCAUCAUCACCUCCACCACCAACACAAUAUAUUCAUGGCAAUUCUCUACCAACACCUCUUAAUUCAUCAUCACCACCAAAAUACAUUCAUGCAACGUCUCCACAGUCGUCUCCUAAGUCUCAUCCACCACCUCUAACCUUCCAUGGUAUUAUUGAUCCACUUCCAGCUCCACCACUACCUCUAAUGCCACCACCCAUCCCACUACCACCUCCUGCACCAGGGCUUGCACCAGGGUUGCCACCACUUCCAGUACCUGAUCCAAAAUUACCCAAACCACCUCCUCUUCCGGUACCGGAUCCAAAAUUACCCCAACCACCUCCACUUCCGAUACCCGAUCCAAAAUUACCCCAACCACCUCCACUUCCAAUACCCGAUCCAAAAUUACCCAACCCACCACCUCUUCCAAUACCUAAACCACCGUUAUAUGUUCAUGGAAAGUAG